AAUUACAAUAUAGAACCCUAUUUUCAAACACGUUACAAAGAGUAGCAUGUCGCGUUUAUAAAUAAAAAAAACACACACAUUUGUUAGAAUGGUUAUAGGUCAUUUCAUCAUGAGUUCUGAUAUUUUAAUUUGUAUAUUGAUUUAUUUUUAUUUGUUUUACAACUGCUUUCGGUCGAUAAGCCUCGAUCGAUAGCAAUCAUAGAUAGACUCAAAAAUCUACCAUCCAGCAACCUUUUACCCUAUUAAAGGGGAAUUCGAGCAGCAAAAAACCCUCCAAUGACAGUAACCAUGGAACAGGCGUUACAAAAUGACAUUUCUUUUAAAAUAACAUUUCAUUUUAGGAUACUUACGUAUGGGAGACUAUACAUUGAAUCGUUUAUACGUGUAAAGACUAUACGUUCAUAAAGGGCCGUUUUUGAAUCCAUAAUUGUGACUUGUUGUAAAAAAUGUCGUUUGGAGACAUUUGAUUUUUUUCACUGUGAUAUAGUUAUAUGCUACUCAUUACAUAGUUUAGGCUUCCAAGAAUCAAACUGCGUUCUUUUAUGUUUAACUUCGUCUAAAAGAUGUUGAUCUUCUGGUAUCAAGAUUCAUGCUAACGGUUUCAUUGAUUAACGUUGCUAUUCAAUAACGCCACGAAGUAAACUUCGUUGAAGAUUGAUCGCCAUGAACUUGACUUACUGGUAAUAAACAUAACUGUCGUAGCCUCAUCAAACAGUUUCUAGAAUCGAAAGCAAAGCAAAGAAAAUGAAAACAAUUGAUCAUGCAUGCUUAUCUCUCACUUGCAAUCCGGUCUAGAGCAGCAGUCUAUUACUUAUGCCGAAUCGAUUAAAUUCAGUUUUGCUACAACAGUAUUCGAGUGUGGCUCUGUGAUCGUGUACUUCAUCAUGCAACGGAAAUGUGUGAUUCAUUUGAUACUAUUGUAAGUAGAAUGUUUUGAAUGGUGUAGUUUGCUUCCACACAAGCUGUAACAUUUACUCUACAAACAGAUGGUUCAUCGUUGGUACAAAUGGAUGUGUAGCAGAGGAAUACCAUUGCAAUCUUGAAUACUAUUCCCAUGUUGUGUCAUUUUCCAAUGUAGUCGUCGAAGGAUCAGCAAUGCCUCGCUUCUCGUGUAGUAACAGCGAUAACAUUGCAGAUCUUAUAUUCAAGAUGUCAUUAUUGGAAGAGGUGCCCAAACAGUUGUUUGCUACUUUUCCUAAUUUAGUGGUGGCAAACUUCACCAGGAGUGGAAUCAAACGUAUCAAUCGAUACAGUCUGAACAGAGCAGUACAUCUUAAAAAUCUUUAUUUAAAAAGCAACGAAUUGCAAGAGUUAAACGCGGAUUGUUUUUAUGGAGCAGCAGCACUUCUUGACCUUGAUCUUUCGUUCAACAAUAUCAGCUCAAUUGAUAGAAUGGCGUUCAAUACACUGUCCAAGCUGUUGGUACUUUGGAUGUCUGGAAACAAGCUACGAUCGUUGGAUAGUAGAGUAUUCGAGCCACUCCAAUCGAUACGUACAAUUUAUCUCAACUCUAAUGAGCUCCAGGUCAUUGAAGCAGGUCUGUUUGUCGCAAACCAUAAAUUGAAAAAUAUUCUUUUGCAUAGCAAUCACAUCAGUGUGAUUGAAGAAGGAGCAUUUAGAGACGAAAAAUCUACAGAGUCAUCGACAGCACUGCUCAUACUGUCUCUGAGCAAUAAUGAGCUAACGAAAUUGAAUGUGGAAAAAGUUAAAAUAAUUCAGCUGUAUCUUACAAACAAUACGCUGGAGGCAAUUCUCCUAUCGCCAUGGGUUCAAACACUUUACGCGGAAAACAAUAGAAUAUCGAAUGUUACAGUAAGUGAUGUGACAAACAUGCAACUAAAAACGUUAAGGUUGGCAAAUAACUCGAUCACAUCUCUAGAAUCGAUACAAUUAUUUCAUUCACUAAACGAACUGGAUUUAUCAAAUAAUUAUAUCGGUCCAUUGAACAUCACUUGUCUAACAAAGCUAGUCAUCCUGAAAGAAUUGAGACUACAGCGAACGUUCAUUUCCAACCUCCAGCACGGAACCUUUGCACAACAACAAUCUCUCAAAUGGUUGGAUAUAUCCUACAACAACCUCGAUCGGUUUGACUUUGACAUUCUUACAUCAUCUGCAGCGCUUCAGCAGAUCUUUCUGGACGGUAAUCGGCUAAAGUCGCUGAACUAUGAGCAUCUGAAGAAAACGUUCCCGGCGCUGGUAAAAAUCGGCUUGUCGGAAAACAACUGGAACUGUACAUAUCUGAUCCAGCUUGUGCGCUAUUGUAACGAACAUUCAAUCGAACUGUUCAAGUCUCAAGCAAUACAGAUUCAGACGAACAUCAACGGUAUCUAUUGUUUCGACGACAAGAAUCCGGUGACCAACUGGAACAACACACUUCACCAGGUGCAGGCACUUGAUCCUCAUCUGAACGGCACCACCGAGGAUAGUGUUCUGCAAACGUUGCUGCCAAGUAUGAUGGAUGACACGAAACGGUUCAGUGAAAAUCAUACAGACGUAGGGAACCAAACCAGCAAGCUGGAUUGGAUAAUACAUGACUUUACAAGGAAUCAGUUCACCCUAAUUAUUGCAGUAUUGGUUAUAGUGUGUCUCAUACUGGGAGUGAAUGUGUAUUUCCUUGUGAAAUAUCAUCGUAGGUCGUGUAGUGUUGAAAGAAAUCCCUAUGACAACAGGGACAACAGCGUGGGAAUGAUCAUUGAAUAAUGAUAUGGAUCCAAUACACAGAUGUAUUUUAUUCUUCGAUAGUUUAUUUUGAUCUGAAAAAUGCGAUAGUAAACUAAAAUAUAAACAUGACAUUUGCAUGACAUUGGGUCAUUUCAUCAUUUACUGUUUUGGAUGAAUAUUUAUUUAUAUGUGAAAAUGAUUAUUUUUAUUUGAGUCUAAAUCUGAUUGAGAUCUGAUCUGAAACGCGAGUCCUUCUAGUAAAAUUUUAAUUAUUUGCUUGAAGAGUAAAGUUUGGGCGUAUGGGACGAUAUGCUUUUUUAUAGUUAUAAUUAAACUCAUGCAACUGCUUUGCUUUUUUAUUUUUAUUUCUAGUUAAAGGAUAAGAUUAUUUCUUAAAUUUUGCUUUUGGUCACGAAUAGCUGAAAGUUAUUACCGCGAAUUCUUGGGCUAACGGGAAUUGUUGUAUAUGCAAAAUUUGCCUUGCACUAUGCGAUGUUUUACUGUCUUUCUCUAAUCGCGGUUCGUCGUCACGCAGUGAUGGGAACUUGCCAAGCUAGCUUGGCUUACUGGUGUAGCAAAUGUAAUUGACCUAACCUGACUUGCGGAAAGCAAAGAAAGCGGAAACAUUUUAUCAAGCCUUAUCUCACACUCAAGAGCCGGUCUACAGCAGCUGUUUCGAAACGAUUUGACUCAGUUUUGCUUCAGAAGUGUACGAGUGUG